AUGAUGUCACUGAACCCAGUUCAGAUUUUACGCUAUGGAGCAGAGGAGGAGAAGUCUGAGAUUGCCCGCCUGUCAUCGUUUGUUGGCGCUACUGCCAUUGGUGAUUUGGUGAAAAGUACCUUAGGACCUAAAGGAAUGGACAAGAUUUUGCAGACAAGUUCAAAUAAUGAAACUAUUCAAGUGACUAAUGAUGGAGCUACUAUCCUCAAGGCCAUUGGAGUAGAUAAUCCAGCGGCUAAAGUGCUUGUUGAUAUUUCCAGGGUCCAGGAUGAUGAAGUCGGAGAUGGUACAACAUCAGUUGUAGUUUUGGCUUCUGAGCUUCUUAAGGAAGCAGAAGGUCUGGUUUCUCAAAAGAUUCACCCACAGACCAUAAUUGCUGGUUGGAGAAAGGCUGUAGAUGCUGCCAGGCAGGCUUUGACAGAUGCUGCAGUAGAUAAUGGCAAUGAUUUGGUGAAGUUCCGCGAGGACCUCAUGAAUAUUGCCAGGACAACUCUGAGCUCAAAGAUUCUUACCCAGCAUAAAGAUAUGUUUGCCAAACUGGCCGUAGACGCUGUGCUCCGACUCAAGGGAAGUGGAAGUCUUGAUGCUAUACAGAUUAUUAAGAAACUUGGAGGGAAUUUGUCCGACUCUUACCUUGAAUCAGGUUUUCUGCUUGAUAAAAAAAUUGGGAUCAAUCAACCUAAGAGGAUCGAAAAAGCAAAGAUUCUCAUAGCAAAUACUUCAAUGGAUACCGAUAAGAUUAAGGUGUUUGGCUCACGUGUGAGGGUGGAUGCCAUCUCCAAGGUAGCACAGCUGGAGCUCGCUGAGAAGGAAAAGAUGAAGCUCAAAGUUGAGAAGAUCCUCAAGCAUGGGUGCAAUGUGUUUGUCAACAGGCAGCUGAUUUACAAUUACCCAGAACAGAUUUUUGCUGAUGCUGGAGUCAUGGCCAUUGAGCACGCAGAUUUUGAAGGCGUGGAGAGGCUUGCACUUGUCACAGGAGGAGAAAUUGUCUCCACAUUUGAUUGUCCUGAGAAAGUGAAACUAGGAACCUGUGACCUGAUUGAGGAGAUCAUGAUUGGCGAAGAUAAACUCAUUAGGUUUUCAGGUGUAGCCUUGGGUGAAGCCUGCACUAUUGUGCUUCGUGGUGCCACACAGCAAAUCCUGGAUGAGGCUGAGCGGUCCCUGCAUGAUGCUCUCUGUGUGUUAUCUCAGACUGUGAAAGAAACGCGCACAGUUUAUGGUGGAGGUUGUUCAGAGAUGCUGAUGGCAGAUGCCGUGAGCAAACUUGCAGCUAAAACACCCGGCAAGGAGGCAGUAGCCAUGGAAGCUUUUGCCAAGGCUUUGAGACAGCUGCCCACAAUCAUUGCUGAUAAUGCUGGAUAUGACAGCGCUGACCUCGUUGCUCAAAUGAGGGCUGCCCACACAGAAGGCAGACACACUAUUGGCCUAGACAUGGAGCGUGGUCGAGUCGGCGAUGUUGCUGAACUGGGCAUCACAGAAUCCUACCAGGUGAAGAGGCAAGUUCUCAUCUCUGGAGCUGAAGCUGCGGAAAUGAUCAUGAGGGUUGAUAACAUUAUCAGAGCUGCACCUCGCCAGCGAGCACCAGAUCACAGACAUCAUUAA